ACGCAAUACAUCCUCUAGAGGGCAGUGACUGUCGUGUCACAAAUGACCGGCAUCGACAAUCGUAAACAUGGCAUCUGUAGAGGAGGUGAUUUUGCUUUGUGUCAUCCAAAAUAAAAAAGCGAAUGGUUGGACUUCUGACUCUAUACUGCCGCCUCGAUUUCCGUUGAUAUUGCUCCAUUUCUCCCGGAGCACUCCGGAUUCCGGAAAAAACGAUCCGCAUAAGCCAUCAAUCGUUUAUUUUCAAUAGGUCAUUUCCGAGACCUUUUAUCGGCUAGCCUAAAGUAUACGUCGAUUACACGUGAGGGGGGAAUUUCAGUGGAGACAGUGCAUUAGUUGGGCAGCUCGCCUUUCGUUCCUCUCCGCCGGCUCCGACAGACCGCGUGCACGCCGCCUGUCGCAGUGUGUGCGCCGCAUUGGGCGUUGCCUGCUCCCGCGCUCUGCCUUCCUCCGCUGCAGCCCUGCCACAUGCGUCGUCAUCAUCAUCAUCAUUUAGAUUUUUCAUUCUUUUAUAAAUAUAUUUCCAUGGUUAUAGGCGUCACGGCCAGGAACCCGCACUGAGCAGAGUGAGGAGGACCUCCUGUAUUCGCCAUGGAGCUGCAGCUGUCCGCCACGGCGCUCCUACUCUUUGUGAGCUCCGCCGUGGGCUUCCUGUUCGAGCCGCGCGGGCCCCAGAUGUACCCCUGCCUCACCUACCUGGAGAGGAACCUCCGGGUGGACUGUGAGUUCCCCCCCACCGAGCAGCUCCCGGGCCCCUACUGCGAGUACCGCCAGGACAGCAGGCUGGUGGGCAGCACCUACCCCAACAUGGUCAACCUGGUGUCCGUGGACAACCGCCGGCGCUCCAACGUCAGCCUGGUCAGCCCCACCCUGUGCCGCCUCACCUGGGCCCCGAUGGCGGACGAGAAGCCCUACACCUUCACCUGCCGCGUGUACCAGGGCCUGGCCUGGAAGGAGAACAGCCUGGCCAUUCACCAACGGCUCCUUCCUAUCUGCUCAGCCCUCAGCGUGAGGUGUGGACCAUGGCUCCUGCUGCUGGCGCUGUCCUUACACAUGAUCCUGGGCCCAUUGGGGCCGUGACCAACCCCACAUCCACACCCCAACACAUGGAAGAAAAACAAACCAGCUCUUUUUAAACACUCUCCCAACUAAGAAUUGGCCCGUUAGUUAAAUUGCGUUGGACAAUUCAAUCUGUGGCAACUUUCCUUCAUGGCUAGAUAGAAAAAACGGACAUUACACAUUUUCAAGCUGGGAAACAUAUCUUUAACACUUCGGCCAGAUUCUGACCGCAGGUUGAAGAAAAGGAUAUUGGUUUAAUUUCUGGGCUUCAAUUACACUUCCUAAAAAGUAUUAAAAUGCAUAUGCAGGGAAAACACGAUAGCAUAACAGAUUUGGCUAUGGUAACCUCAAACAUUGGCAAGAAUGCUGCUUUCAGACAUUAAUCAUUGAAACUGAUAUCGAAUUAUAUCUGGUUAUCUGAGUUAGUGGCAAAUUUAUGUAAACAGUAGUCGAUAAAAUAAAUAUAUUGAUAAGGCAAUCAUUUUUGCCAUUGCACUUUCAAAUUGCACUUUUUCUGGUGUUCUAUGAGAUCAAUGUUGAGUUGUUGGUUGUUGUUCUUUUGGUCUAUCUGUGACAAGCAUUACUAAUGUGUGAUUAAUGAUUCUAUAUCCUUUUUUUGGAUUUCUUCGACAAAAUAAUAAUAAUUGCCACAAUAUCUGUAUAUAAAAAGGUAAUUAGAUAUAAUGGUAUUUUAUUUUGUGAUAUAUGUUCAUACCUCAUGUAUAGACUACCAAAAUGCCUACAGGAAGUACGAACUUUUAUUUAAUUUCAUACUUUUUUUUUUUUUUUUUCAAUGAAGACAAUGCAGACAAAGUUUGUCACAUUGUUGGAAAUGAAUCAGUCAACAAAAGAAAUGACCAUUAUAAAUUUUAAUUACCAUUAUUAUUUAGCAAAUCUGUAUUAUUAUUUGGUUGUUAUCCUGUUGUGAUUGUGACACAUUAAUAAUCCUCUAUACACAAUACACUAAAUACUCAGCAACUGGGAAAUAACAUGUAUACUAUUGGGUCAUUACAAUUAGAUAAUUAUUCUAACUUUUGGGCAUUGCCUUGCAAAUAGUUAUUCGCUUCUUCAAAUAACGUGGAAUUUGUCGUUUAAUCAGAUACCCUUUUUUUUUUACACAUGUAUUGAGUGAAACUGUAUCAGUGUCUACUUUUUCAUAUGUGAUUGUAUUGGCAUCCAGGGGCCUCAAACAAAGUCUAUUUUCAAAAUCAAAUCCCAGCUCGGAUUAUGUUCUUGCACGAACCCCUCUCCUCUCAAGGUUUAACGAGCCCUAACGAGCCCUUUAGUCCAGCAAAGCUGCUCCACUUAAUUUUAUUUUGCCAAUUAAGGAGACAGUAACAUUACAUUGAAGAAUUUUCAGUACUACUUGAGGAAAAGGGAGGAAGGAACCCAAAACAUUCCUUUAACUAAGUGAACUUCAUUUCAAAUGUCUUGGUGCUAAUGUUAAGUUUUAUGGUGAUGCUACUUUGCUUGCUGAAUUAUAGGAAUGUCCCAAGACUGCUCAGUAUACUAAGUUACACAAGUAUCUGUAUUGCUGUUGUCCAAGCAAAAAAAAAAUGAAAUUAUGUUUCAAAGAACUGUCAUUAUAUUCUUUCACACAUCGGUAUUGUAGGUAGCAAGUUGUAGUGAGGGAGAUAAGAUACAGCACUUUAGCAGUAAUUUACAGCCCUUUCUGUCAUAGUAUGCAUGGGCACUGACUCACUGUAGACAGACACAAUGUCCGGUUUAUGUGUGUCUCACUUUCUAUUUAUCGCUCACAAUCCAAAGUCGAGCUCUGUGUCGUGUUCAUUUUGAAUCCUAGUAGCCUUUUGUUUGUGUUGCAAACAUGCCAACAUAAGAUGAGAAGGUUACUAGUGUUUAAUUACUUUACUUCCACCAAAGAUAAAUAAAACACUGCAGCAAAAAAAGUAGUUAUGAAUAAAAAAUAUAUUAUGACAAUAA